ACAGCCACUUGUUCCCACGCCUUGGUUUCCGCUUUUAACCAAAACAAAACGCAACGCAACGCCACAAAAAUAAAAAUAAAAAAUGGGAGUUUCAGAGAGGAACAACAACUAUCAUUACAUUAUUUCACUAUUCAUCUUCCUCAUUCCUUUCUUUCUCGACAAUGCACACUGUAUUCGGUUCCCGGAUCGGGUUACACAACCCGCCCGCGAUCAACCCGACCAACAGCACUUGCAAACGGCCGUAUUCGCUCUCGGAAGUUUCUGGAGAUCCGAAGCUGUGUUCGGGUGCUUACCUGGCGUUGUUAGGACCACUGUUGGUUAUUCCGGUGGAUCUAAACCUAAUCCUGAAUAUCGAAGUUUCGGUGAUCACGCUGAAUCCGUUCAGGUUGAGUAUGAUCCACGGCUGAUUAAUUUUAGGAAACUCCUUGACAUUUUUUGGUCAAGCCACGAUCCGAGGCAGGUGUAUGGCCAAGGUCCUGAUGUGGGUAAUCAGUACAGAUCUAUUAUUUUUGUUAAUGGAACUGAAGAAUCAAGAAUGGCUUCUGUCAGCAAAGAACAGGAGCAAACCAGGUCAAGAAGCAGCAUUGUGACUACUCAAAUUCUGCAACUUGGAACAUUUCACCCUGCAGAGCCAGAGCACCAGAAAUUUGAACUCAAGCAAAAUACCUUCCUUCUUCAGUUAAUUGGGAAUCUGCCUGAAGAGGAGCUUGAGAGGUCAAACCUGGCAACAAAGUUGAACGGAUAUGUAGCUGAGCUUUGCCCUCCAAAUAUUCAAAAGCAAAUUGAUGCAAAAAUCAAUGAGAUUAUAAAAAAGGGUUGGCCCAUUUUAAGGGAAUUGUAAUUGGCCUUUAGGGGAAGUUGCUCAUAUUAAAAAAAAAUUGUCAUUCUUUUGCCAUGGUGCUCUCAGUGUAUCUAUAGGUUUGGUUCAGUAGCUUGUAGUGUAUCAGUUGCAGGGCUCAAAAUACCAAAUGGAGAAUCAAGUAUCAGUUGCAGGGCUCGAAAUACUGAAAGGAGAAUGAAGCAUAUGAUUUUCGCACGGCGAGAAUAUGAUUAUACCAUUUUGUUGUAAUUAUUGUAAUUGCGAUCGAACUAGAGUUUCACAGGAGUUUGGAUCUCCUGAAUUACUUAAGGGUCCAUUUAUGAGAGAAAAAGAGAAAAUAUUUAGUAAUUAUAAUAUUAAAUGCACUUUUUUUUUGUUUUGUUUCUCUCAUAAAUGAAUGGACUCUUAAGUAUAUGAGGAAAUUCCAACCCAGUCUCAUUCACCCCAUGAAAGGAAACAUUUUUUACUUGCGCUCUCGUAAAUUUAUUUCCAUUUUGCCAUAUGAUGAUGACAUAAGAUACACUAGUAAGUUCAGCUUGACAUUCAUCGAGGUGAAGAAUGUAUUAUGCUCGUACUUGUUAGAUUCUUGGAGUUAUGAUGUUUCUUAAGAACUUCUUUUACCCCUAAAAAAA